UCCCGCCUACGCUCGCCCCCGGCCGGCCAGAGGACGCUGCUGGGGCUGCGCUCGGAGGACCCAGCCCAGGUAGAGGCGCCGCCGGUCCGUUCCCGCCGCUGCAGCUCCCCUCGCCGGCCAUGGCUGAGCACCAGCUGAAGCGAUGCCAGCAGGAGGCUGAGGAGGUGACAGAAAUCAUGCUAGACAACUUCACCAAGGUGCUGGACCGCGAGGGCAAGAUUAGCGAGCUGGAUGAGCGGGCUGAUGAGCUUCGUAAACAGAGUUCUGCUUUCACCAAGACAACAAAGACGCUGGCCCAGAAGAAACGCUGGGAGAAUGUGAGAUUCAAGGUCAUCCUGGUGGCUGUAGUUGUGGGGGUUGUCCUGCUCAUCGUCUCAGCCAUCAUCCUCUACUUCACUCUCUCUGGAUCUGGGAACCAGGAGGCUCCAGCACAGACCAACGCUGGUGGCGACUGACCUGCUGAUCCAGCUCACCCUGGAAUCAUCUUCCCAAGACCAAACUUUCAGGGGUGCCGGGCAUCGGGGCUUGGCUAGGACCUGGCAGCAGCCUUGACCCCUUCAUUCCUCAUCAUGGCAAGCAAACCGAUGGAGAAAACGGAAGCAAAAAGCACAGCCCCCUUCAUGUUCACGACCUCAGCGCCAAGAAGGACUCUCUGUAGGUGUGAACAAAGGAAGGAAGGAAGGAAGGAAGGAAAACCCUGCCUCCCUGCUUGUGUACUUCCUGCUCCAUUGUCCCCAACCAGAGACGUGAUAUUCCCAUAGCAAGGCAUUGUGCACCGAUGUUCAGUCUUGGGCUUCAGCAACUAAACUGGGGCCAAAGUCCAGGCCUUGCAUCUCCUGUUUUCGGCCGUUGGGUUAGGAAAGGCUCUGCUCCCAGGCCAGGGACAGAGCUUUCUACCUCUCCAACGCUGCUGCCGCCCGCCCCAGCUAUGCUUGGUGAAGGGGGGCUCCCCAUCCUCUGCCCCUAGGCGGAAGGUCUAUCCCGCCACCACUGACAUUUGCAAUCUGUCACCUGGAGAGGCUUCUCCCCAAUCUCGUGGAGGAGACAAUGGACAGUCCACUUGCACACAUUUUGGUGCAGGAAAAGGAUUUCUGAAAUAUUAUUAAGCCUCUUAGGGUUCAUUCUGCUCUUUCUGCCUUCACCUGGUGGGAAACUGGCCCUGGGGAGCCAUAACUGGCCUGGGGCCCAAAUGUGCCCUCCUUGGGACAGGAGCUUUGGGGUCCCUUGUCGUCUGAGGCCCCAAAGUGCCCACCACUCACUUGGCUCACUCACACUCCAGAACUUGCUAGAAGCAGCUGCAGCAUUAGAGGAAGGGGGGGCUUCUCCUUGGGGGCGAUCUGAGUACCUGGGAGCUGUGCUGCCCCCUCAAACGCCCCGCCGGCUGGAUGGGGGCAUCCCGGCUUAGCUUCGCUGGCCCAGAGGGAGAGAUGCUCCGCCGGACGGGGCUUCAGCAAGCAGAAGGCAGUCCCCUUGCCUGCGGACUGGCCCCUCUCCUGCCAAGUGGUGCCUUCAGAGGGCCUCGGGGGCGCCUUCUCUGUGGAGCGGAGAUGUCCGUCCGGCUCAGGUGGCGCCAGCCGAGAUCCCGCCACCAGGUCAGUUGCAAAGCCGAAGUUUUCUAUUUGGCAACGCUAUACUUCAAACUAGGGCAUACAAAACUUUUGACAGCCCUAUACUUGAAUACUGCUCACCUGCCUGGAACCCUCACUGUAUUUCCGACACCAAUCCAUUAGAGAAAGGGUCCAGAGAUAUUUUACUAGGAGACUCCUCAAAUCCUCUGCUCGAAAUAAAAUUCCCUAUCCCACCAGGCUUGAAAUUUUAGGCCUCGAUAGCCUCGAACUCUGCCGUCUACGUUCCGACCUAAGCUUAGUUCAUAAGAUUAUUUACCAAAACGUCCUACCUGUAAAUGAGUCCUUUAAUUUCAACUGUAAUAACAGAAGGCCUAUCAGUAGAUUCAAACUCAAUGUAAAUCGCUCUAAUCUUGAUUGUAGGAAAUAGGACUUCUGCAAUAGAGUAGUAAACGUCUGGAACGCUCUACCUGA